UGUAUAUAAAUAUGUAAAUAUGUAUGAGUGUCGUUAUUUUUAUGAAUUUAACGUAUACCUUUGUCGAAUGCAUAUACGAUUCCCGUACUUGAACGCGAGGAAAAUUACUUGAACUAUCAAGUUAUUGCCGAAUAUUUCGAUCGCAAAGGUUAUCCACGAUUGAAAAUAUUUCGGAGUAUACAAGUAUAGCGAAAACUAGAAGUACGACGCGUCGAAUUAAUUUUUACGAAUAAUCAGACAACGAACGUCGCACCGAUAAACGUAAUGAACAACUUUUCGCGUAUAUAUCGACGUUAGUUAAUUAUUUGUAACAACCAAUACGGCUCGAACAAACAACUCGAGCGCUGUCAUCGCUCGAUCUACUAGUAACGGUUUCACUUUUCCACGGGAUAAGUCGCGCGAAACGACGCGAAGAGACGCUACACGCGUCACGUGAUAACGUUUUCUACCACUUUGCUAACAGCCAACAAAACAAACAGUUCUUGUGAAUUUCUCCUUGUACUAUAAACAGGUACAAAAUGUCACUGAGAAUUUCGACUUUAUAAGAAUUUUUUAUAGAAAUUCUGAACCGCUAUCGAGAUUAGAGGGUAGGGAAAUUCGAGAGCAGAAAGAACACCGUGCACUUUCAGAGUGUAAACGAACAAGUUAAAAGUAGUUAGAUUCGUUGAUCAACUGAACUGCCAAAUGUCUGAGAACGUGGAAGAAACGAUGGAAGAAGAAAGUUCGGUUACGAUGUUGGACGUGCUUCGAGAGGAGAAUCAGUUGGAGGAAGAUGCUUGUGCAGUUUUAGGCGCGUCCGACGACAAAAAUUGCACUUACAGCAAGGGAUAUUCUCGGCAAGCUUUAUACGCUUGUAAAACCUGUUGCCCGAAAUCAGGAGGAGGAAUCUGUCUAGCUUGUAGUUUCCACUGCCAUGAAGGGCACGAACUGGUAGAGCUGUAUACCAAAAGGCACUUUAGAUGCGACUGUGGUAAUUCCAAAUUUGCUGGAAAAAAGUGUAACUUGGAUCCGUCAAAGGAUCCGAUUAACCCUGAGAAUAAAUACAACCAUAAUUUUGAUGGGCUCUAUUGUAUCUGUGAGAGACCUUAUCCAGAUCCAGAUGAUACACUGAAUGAUGAGAUGUUACAGUGCAUUGUUUGCGAAGAUUGGUAUCAUUCCAAGCAUCUAGAGUGCGAAAAAGGAAUACCGGCGGACGACGCGUACGACGAGAUGAUUUGCGCUGGAUGUAUGAGGCAGAAUGACUUUCUGUGGUGUUAUGCAAAUAAAUAUGCAGUGUUCGAAACACCCGAGGCAUCCAGCGAUAAGAAAGAAGAAUCGGUGGAUAUCGAAAAACUGCCCGAAGGAUGUACGAUGCCACGAAAUAAUUCUCCGAACCGGACUGCAACAAAAGGAAGUUGCUUCUGGACGGAGGGCUGGAGAAGCGCUUUGUGCGUUUGCGAAACGUGCAAGGAGCUAUACCGAAAGAAAAAUGUUAUGUUUCUUCUCGAUCCAACGGACAGCGUGCACGCUUACGAGGAGGCAGGUAAAAUUAACAAUCAUGAAUCGCAGUACGAGAAGGGUAUGAAAGCUCUCGCCUCUUUGGGUCGCGUCGAACAAUUAACGGCGAUCGAAGAGUACAAUAACAUGAAGGAGCGACUGAAGCGGUACCUGCAAAAGUUCGCCGAGAACAAGAAAGUCGUACGGGAGGAAGACAUAAAGGAAUUCUUCACGGAAAUGGAAUCGAAGAAACGGCCAAAGGUGGUAGUACCUACGUAUUGCCGUUGAGAUCGACUUCAACCGGAAGACAUCUGUUUUUAUUUUUUUAUUCGAAUAUUAGGAUCUUUUUCUUAAUAGUUUUUGUUUGUCGAAUUAUUCUCGUGAUACUAAGCUAUUUACGUUUUUACACUUCGAAAAUUGUCAAAGUUUCGAUAAAUACGAAAUUACUUGUGAUAAACGAAGGAGUUAACGAAAGGGAGAUGUAGAAGGAAGAAGAGGAAUAAAAGCGAAGAAGAAAGA